GCGCGUCGCUGUCACCACUCGCUGACGCUUUCGCCGCCAUCAUGACCCCACCCAAAAAGCAAAAAGGCGUUCGAGCUAAAAAUAUGGACAAGCUAAUCGCCGCUGUCCAAGCAAGAGAAUGUUUAUGGGACAAAAACUACCGAGGCCACAGAAACAGAUUCAAACUGGAGCGGUAUUGGAACGAAGUAGCAGCGGAAGUCGGCACAACUAGCAUAAACUGCAGGAAGCGAUGGAAGAAUCUCAAAGACCAAUGUCGGAAAGAAAUAAAGAAAAACCCGAACGAAUCCGAAUGGCCGCAUUUCCAGAAACUAAGCUUCAUUCACAAUCAGUUCCUGGCCGAGGACGAGGACGGAGAUGUAGAUACAGCCGAUGAGGUCUUUAACUCCUUGGACGAGUCCAUUAAAACACCGAAAUUAGGUUACACAAUGCGUAAAAAGUUACUAAUGAACAAACGUCGAACGAUAGACGUGGAUAUGGACAAACUAAUAGACCUCGUUCGGACGAGGGAGAUCAUAUGGAACAGACAGUUGAAGGGGCACCACAAUUGGUACAAAUUGGAUGAGAGCUGGAAGGAAAUUGCGUUGGAGUUAGGAGUUACCCGGGACGAAGCCAGACUCAAAUGGAAAUAUCUUCGAGAUCAAGCACGAAAGGAGGUCCGCAAACAUGAUUCAGAAUGGGAAUUUUUGCCAAAACUACAAUUCUUAACGAACCAAUUCAACGAUUACGAAGGCCCUGACCUCCAAGGUCAGGACGACACGUUCAGCCAAGAUUAUGAUGAUCAUCAUCACGAUGACGAUCAUAAUGAUCAAGGCGCAAGUUAUUAUGUACCUGAAUCCACUGCAGUUGAUGAAGACACAGUCAAUGCAAGUGUCAAAGAUGAUGAGUUUGACGAAUUUGACACGAAACCUGUAAUUAUGGAGACUGACUUUUAUGACGAUGAUGAUGAAGGGCAAAAGAGCGUUGGAAAUGGCCACGAACUUGGUGAUCCUGAAGCGAUAACUAAGGAUGAAGAUGUAGGAUUCUUCAACAGUUUAUUACCACACGUAAGGAAGCUAGGACCUGCUAAGAAAUUGAUGUUGAGAAUGAAAAUACAGGAGUUGGUUUAUAAUACUGUAUAUAAUGAAACUUAAUUUGAUCUAGCGUUAAUACGUUUGCAAAGACAAUUAGAAAUCAGCUUGAAACAAACUAGAAAAUGAUUGAAUUUUCUAUAAUUUCUUUCAAUUUUCUUUAAAAUUAAAUUGAACAGGCGUCUUUUUACUUUCAUGCAGGUCAUAUUGUGGAUAUACGU